GCGGCACUACGACGCGUAUACGCCGUAGCAGCUACUACGUAGCCCCCCCACAUCGGACAAUAGAACCGGCGACGGAUCGCGGCGUUUUGUUAUUUUUUGUUAGAUGUGAAUAAAAGAGUCUCUUUGUGAUAUCCACUUGUAAAACAUUGGAGACAAUAUGGGACCAGCCGGUCCUUAUAGACUCAUAUGAGCGAUAUUUUAUUUUUGAACAUAAUUUGUCAGUUACAAAUUGGGACAGUUAAGUCGUGUUGCGGUUAGCAAAGCUGAGACACCCGCGUACUGUGUACAAGUAAAACGCGCGGAGCAAUUUAUGCGUACUGUUGUAAUACAUGUGAACACUAUUGUGCUGUGUAAAUUAAUAUCAGACAAUUAAAUUGAAUUCUGUAACGAGUGCCAUCAUGGAGUUUGUAAUGCGGACUGCGUUUAAACACCGCUGAGGUACCCUACAACUACACUGAGGCGAAGAUGUUGUGACAAAAAUCAAACAUAGGACCUCAAAAUGUGUAUCAUAAAGAACUUUCAAGACGUAGCCAAUAAUAGGACUUUUUUAUUCAUAAUAGUUUUGUUGUCACUCAAACUGUGUAGUCCUCAGGACCUGAGUGAGGAAUUCACGAACGAAGAGAGUAUAGACUCAACUGAUGUAGUGAAAAAAGUGAAGUUUACUAGAAACGUGGACUCUGGCCCGUGUAGACUGAGCGAGUUACUGUGCGACACUGGACAGUGUAUUUCACUGGAUAAGUACUGUAAUGGUGAGGACGACUGCGGUGAUAAGAGCGACGAGCCGAAGUCUUGUACACCCUGCAACAGGACGUAUAUGGGCGACGUCGGGCGCACCUACGAGCUCGAAGUGAGGCGUCCAAGAGAAGACCAUCUUCCCUUCGUAUGUCAUCUGAACUUCACUGCCAUGGGAGGCAAUUACGGGGACAUUAUACAGCUGACGUUUGACACGUUCACGGUGGGGAAGUUUGUGUCGUUCACAUCUGACGGCUGUCCUGAUGGUCACAUGACCAUCGUGGAGCGCAGUCCGUCGCCACCAAUGGGGCAGUGGUGUGGCUCAGCGUGGGGCUAUACUGUGUACUUUAGCGAGUCCGAUUCUAUCAAUAUGACGUUACGGUUGGACAGGUUAAGCCAACAGGGUGUUGGAUACAAUUUCGACUUCAAGUUGGCAUACAAGUUUCUAAGACGGAGUGAAGCCCGGCUGCGGUAUGGGAACGCGACCGUGGGGGCGUGGAGGGGGGAAAGGGUGGUUGGUACCUACUGCGACCGCAUACUUAGUGAUUGCGACCUAAGAGCUUGCCGAAUACAAUCGCCGAACUUCCCUGGCGUGUACCCACGGAACGCCACUUGUACAUACCGCAUCGAGCAUACUAAAAUACCGGCUGAUAAACAUGUACUCCUGGCAGUAAGACAGACAAACAGUCAUAAGAUACAUAUCAAAGACCAAAUAGUAAAGUACGAUCGAAGUCAACGUGUUUUAAAAAUAUGGGACCAAUGCAACGUCGUUCAAGACUACCUGACAGUAUGGGACGGGCCUACUCGAGAUUCUCCAGUGUUAGUGCGGUUAUGCGGGGGCGAUACCGUCCCUGAUAUCAUCAGCCGCGGUCCGAACAUGUUAUUGGAAUUCCACACAUCGCCGUAUGAUAACCCGUUUCAUCCAGUGCCGCUGAGCUACCUUCCUGGCUUUGAGCUUGAAGUUCAGGUGCUGUACGUGGAUAAGGAUUCGCACUCUUACGUCCGUGCGGACGGCAGAUGUCGAUUCGUACUGCGCUCUUCUGACAAGAUGAGCGGCGUACUGCGGAACCCGCGCCACUCCCUCCCGCCGAAUACUUCGUGCGUUUAUUAUUUCCAGGGUCGUGCAAAUGAAAUAGUGUGGGUAUCGUUUGUGAAAUAUCAUUCAGCUGGCACAGAACCGGCCGGCUUCGAUCAACAGAAGGACUGUUCGUCGCAAUUGACUAUUUGGGAUGGCGCUGCCCCCGAUGCCGACCUGGACAGAAAGAUGGAAAUGAGUGAUAAGAAAUCCCUACUCGGCGCUUUUUGUCGCGAAGAGUCGCCUCGGCUUUGCGACCAUGCAUUAUUGUCGAAUGCGACCCGAGCCACGCGGCCUUGCGCUCCCUCAGAGAGCUACAUCACUACUGGAUCAGCACUUACAAUUCUUCAGGAACUUCGUCAAGGUUCAGCGUUGUAUCCAGUAUCAUUUGUCCUACGCUACGAAUUUGUUGAUGUAAGUGAACAAGGACAACCACUGGCGGACUCUCAAUCAGCGUGUGACAGAAUUUUUAAAUCUACUUCAACUUAUUCGGGAAGGUUCCAAGCGCCGAGGGCUAUAUUUUAUUACGGUAGAGGAGGAGCGCAAAAUCUUACUUGUAUUUUGAGAUUUGAAGCAAAACAAGGCGAGAGAGUUCAAUUGACUUUCACAAACACUUAUUUUGGCAACAAACACUGUGGUACACACAAAGAUAGCCGAACAAAUCGGUGGAAAUGCGAUAGGCCUGCCAAAAGAACAAUUGGCGGGGAGGGAUUUGCGCAAAUUAUUAUCACAGAGUUUCCCUGGGAAGGUGUGCCAAUACAAAGGGAUUGUAUUUGUACGAAUCGUUCUGAACCAUUGAAUAUACAUACACUAACUGCUCCUGUAGUCGAAGUUAAUUUCACUGUUACGAUGAUGAAUAUUACGGAAGAUUACGAUGAUUUCUCGUUUGAAGGGGAAUAUAAAUUUGUUUCUACUGGCCCUGGAGACGAAACUAUAUGUUCUUCAGGUUGGGGCGAACGACGUCUUAGAGGUAGCAGUGGAGAAAUUCGACUUUAUGAUAAAAGGCAUACUCCAAUUGCUCCUGAGAUAGUCGGUGAUAGGAAUGUUAUAUCAGAAAGUGUACGGGCUGAGGUCGCAUGUGUUCAUAGACCAUGGCUUAUAGAACCUGGAGGAGACGAAGCUUCUCCAGUACAAGGAAGAUAUUUAUAUGUGAAAGUACCAGGAUACGAAAUGUCGCCUCCUGCACCAUUCUGCCCAACGCCUAAUAGAUUUUACAUAUACGAAGCUAAGGACACGUCACGCUCUCGGGAAAUAUGUCCCGAUGAAACAAGUUCAAUUGAAUUGUUCUCUCCAGGAUGGAAGUCUGCACAAACUACUAUAGAAUCGUCUUUAAAACCACACGCUCGGAGUUACGUUAUUGAUUUUCUUCAACAUGAACAAGCUGAUUAUUCUAUAAAAUGGAUUGAGCUAAUGAAAAAGCCGAAUUUUGAACACGAUCCUGAAUCAAAUGUUUUACCAGCAGCUGUUUCAAUAGAAUGUCGUUACAGCUGUCCGGAACUCAACGCGUGUAUUCCCAUUGCGCUGUGGUGCGAUGGGAGUGCGCACUGCCCGUCAGGUUAUGAUGAAGACGACUCCAACUGCUCGUUCAGGAUACCGCUUCCGCCUCCCUACGUUGCCGCAGCAGCAGGAGUUGGACUACUUCUUUGUGCUAUCGCAAUAGCAUUAUGUGCUUGCAGAAAACGACGCAAAAAGGACAAAGAAUUCAAAGCAAGAUUAGAUGGUGCAUUACCACCUGAAGAAAGACCGUUUGAUAGAGCCAAAACGAAUGGCGUACCAGAAGCGGCUCGCCAAUAUGCAACAGUGCAAAAAUAUGCAACAAUAGAUAAGUACAGCUUAAGCCAGAAAUAUAGUGCGGGGUUAAACGACGCGAGGUAUUAUGAUGAAGUCGCACAAAGGGAUAAGCUUGCAGAUACGAGGUACGCUAGUUUAGGUCGGGCAGGUCGCGGUACGCGCUAUGAAAACUCACGGGGAAAUGGAUCAAGAAGAGCAAUGCCUGAUCUGGGAUAUCCAGAUCUCAAAGACGGCUUUUGUUGACCCUCUCCCGAUCUGUUAGAGACGACAGUUUAGCAUUGUGAGACGUUCGGUAUCGGUCCGAAUGUAACGAUAACUAUAUAGUUUGUGUUCUGUAUAUCUAGAUCGAAGACUGAAUUUGGCGAAAGUGCCUCCCUUUUUUGGUCAAAAAUCAAAGCAAAUUCACGAACUUAAAAUUGUGCUGUAUAAUCUAUUUAUAGUCGGCUUCUAUUUAAGGAAAA